AGGAGCGGCCGCCGCCGCCACCGCCGCCGCCAUAGAGACUGUAGCCGUGGAGACUGUUACUUACCAACGGGGACCAACACGCACCGCCGCCGCCGCCGCCGCGGGAGCCGCUGCCCGAACUCCCGGCCCGAACUCCAGCGCGGAGCUGAGCGAGCAUGCAGAACUCCGAGGGGGGAGCCGACGCGCCCGCCUCCACCACUCUGGGCCCCGCAGCAGCCCCCACGCCUGUAGCCCAGCCUGUGCCCGCCUCCCCGCAGAGGGUGCUGGUCCAGGCAGCGGGCUCAGCCCCCAAAGGGGCCCCGAUGCAGCCCAUCUCCCUCCCCCGAGUCCAGCCGGUGCCUCAGCAGGUCCAGCCCGUGCAGCACGUGUACCCCCCGCAGGUGCAGUACGUGGAAGGGGGCGACGCCGUGUAUACCAAUGGAGCUUUACGCACCGCCUACGCCUACAACCCCGAGGCCCAGCUCUACGCCCCCAGCAGCGCCGCCUCCUACUUCGAGGCCCCCAGCGGGGCGCAGGUGACCGUGGCCGGGUCCUCGCCGCCCACGGUGCCCUCGCACGGCAUGGUGGGCAUCGCCAUGGAUGUCGCGGGCAGCCCCAUCGUCUCUGGCGCCGGAGCCUAUCUCAUUCACGGGGGCAUGGAGAGUACCAGGCACGCGCUGGCACACACGUCCCGCUCCUCCCCAGCCACGCUUGAAAUGGCGAUUGAGAACCUCCAAAAAAGCGAAGGGGUGGCCUCGCACAAAAGCGGCUUACUCAACAGCCAUCUCCAGUGGCUGUUGGACAAUUACGAAACCGCAGAAGGGGUAAGCCUGCCCCGGAGUUCCCUGUACAACCAUUAUCUGCGACAUUGCCAGGAGCAUAAGCUGGACCCGGUGAAUGCCGCUUCCUUUGGGAAGCUGAUCCGCUCCGUGUUCAUGGGCCUGCGGACCCGGCGCCUGGGAACCAGGGGCAACUCCAAGUAUCACUACUACGGGAUCCGGCUGAAGCCAGACUCGCCCUUGAACCGGCUGCAGGAGGACACGCAGUACAUGGCCAUAAGGCAGCAGCCGCUGCACCAGAAGCCCAGGUACCGGCCAGCCCAGAAGACGGACACGGACAGUGGCUCUCACAGCAGCCCCCACAGCACGUCCGAGCAGGUCAUGGCCGCCCAGAGCCAGCACCACCAGCAAUACAUCGAUGUCUCCCAUGUCUUCCCGGAGUUCCCGGCCCCUGACCUGGGCGGUGCUCUGCUUCAGGAUCAUGUCACCCUGCGCGACGUCAAGACUCUGCAGCUGGUUUACCGGAGGCACUGUGAGGCCACCCUGGACGUCGUGAUGAACCUCCAGUUUCACUACAUCGAGAAGCUGUGGCUGGCUUUCUGGAACUCCAAAGCCUCUGCAGGGGACCGCCCCACCUCUCUUCCUGCCAGCGACGAGGAACCUGAAGGUGCCGUCCUCCCGAAGGACAAGCUGGUGUCUCUGUGCAAAUGCGACCCCAUUCUCAAGUGGAUGAGGAACUGCGACCACAUCCUGUAUCAGGCCUUGGUGGAGAUCCUCAUCCCUGACGUCCUGCGGCCAGUGCCCAGUACCCUGACACAGGCCAUUCGGAACUUCGCCAAGAGCCUGGAAGGCUGGUUGACCAACGCCAUGAGUGACUUUCCACAGCGGGUCAUCCAGACCAAGGUAGGUGUGGUCAGCGCCUUCGCGCAGACGCUGCGGCGCUACACGUCCCUCAACCACCUGGCGCAGGCGGCGCGCGCGGUGCUCCAGAACACGUCCCAGAUCAGCCAGAUGCUCAGCGACCUCAACCGCGUGGAUUUCGCCAACGUGCAGGAGCAGGCCUCGUGGGUGUGCCAGUGCGAGGAGAGCGUGGUGCAGCGGCUGGAGCAGGACUUCAAGCUGACGCUGCAGCAGCAGAGCUCGCUGGACCAGUGGGCCGGCUGGCUGGACAACGUGGUGACGCAGGUGCUGAAGCAGCACGCGGGCAGCCCCAGCUUCCCCAAGGCCGCCCGCCAGUUCCUGCUGAAGUGGUCCUUCUACAGCUCCAUGGUGAUCCGGGACCUGACGCUGCGCAGCGCCGCCAGCUUCGGCUCCUUCCACCUCAUCCGGCUGCUCUACGAUGAGUACAUGUUCUACCUGGUGGAGCACCGCGUGGCCGAGGCCACCGGGGAGACUCCCAUCGCCGUGAUGGGUGAGUUCAAUGAUCUGGCCUCGCUGUCCCUGACGCUGCUGGACAAAGAUGAUAUGGGCGAGGGCCACUGCAGCGAGGCGGACUCGGACGCCCGCAGCCUGGGGGAACCCCUGGUGAAGCGCGAGCGCAGCGAGACCAACCACUCGCUGCAGGACAUUUAGGGGCGCUCCUGCCCCCGCCGCCGCCUUGUGCCUUCGGGCUUGGGGCCCCGCGCCCGAGCCCCGCCGCUCUCGUGCCUGACGCGCGCACCCCUCGCCCGGCGGAGCCCAGGGCCAGCGCCCCACCACCACCCCAGACCCCGCAGGCCGCCCCAUCUCUUUCCUGAAAGCCUCCUCCACGCCGCCCGCCCGCUGCAGCCGCCUUCGUCCACCGAGGCCUCACCCGGCUUCCCCACCCCAAGAAUGCAAAGCAGAGCUUCGCCCCGCCCUGGGCCUCUGGGCUGACGCCGGGAGGGCGAGGAACCCUGCUGGAGGCACCCACUCCAGACACCAGAAGUUUCCAGAAGCAGCUGCCAGCAUCCCGUUCCCAAGGCCACGCCAGGAACCAGCCACCGAAGAGGGAGCUGCUGGCUCGGGGCAGGAUGUGGCUCAGCCAGGGAACAGGCUUUGGCCCAAGUUCCCAGCCAAAGGCUGGCCACACCCACUCGGCGUCCGGCCACGCCCACUUGGUGCCUGGUCACGCCCAUUCCAUCACACACCCACUCUGGCCAUGUCCCCAGGUGCUUCUACUCCCAGGGGUCCUUGCUGGGGUCAGGGGUCAGCCAGUUCUCCUGCCUUGCGUCUGGACCUGCACCCUGCAGUCCGCCCCCACAAACUCCAGGCUCCUGCAACACCGCCCUUGGAAGGAGUGCCCCGCCCCCCCAUUCCGGAGCACUGUGGUCCCAGGCUUGUCCCAUGUAGAAUUGCUGCUGUUUCAGGUUCACACCCCUCCCUCCCGCCCCCCCAAAACAAAGGAAUCCCAAGGAUCUGGGCAGCCCUUGAACUUGAAGGUCCCCCAGGUCCGGGCUCUGUCCUCACAUUGCACUUGGUUGGCCGCGGGCAAAAGCUCUGUUCCCCGAAACCAACUGCCAAGAAGAAAGACAAACCUCUGGUCGUAAGAAGCGCUUGUCUUCAUGCAAUGCAAUCGUUGCUCCUUUUUGGAAAUAAGUUUAUACCAAUAGGUUCCUUUUCUUUUUUUCUCUCUCUCUUUUUUUUUUUGUGCUGUUAUUAGAACGUUUUCUUCUGAAUAUGUAUAUGUGGUCCCAAAUAUUUUGUUCUCAUUCAUGCAGAGAAGGUACUAAUGUAAACUCAACGUGGCCUUUAUAAAACCAGAUUUCUCCCCAAGGCUUGGUGUACCUCAAGCCCGCCCCCGCCUUAGCCGGAUGCACGGAGCGGAGAGGGUCAGAGGGGACAGAGCCGGCUGAUUUUAGGAACCAAAAGUCUGUACUAGUCAAGUGUCGGUCUGGUCUUAGAGUUGACGACUUAGGCGAAAUCGGACAGAAGAAUGUCUCAAAUAUAUCUCUUCCCUCCGGAGAGUUCCCGUCACGGCUCCUGGUGUGUUCCAUGUGUCCCUUCGUUGCCUUUGCUUCCACGUAUGGUCACCAGGGCACCUUGAUUUCUGCCUGCUUCUCGGCAGAGUACCCUCAGAAGGUUCUCGACAGUGAAGACAGCCUUCCAAAAUCCGCUCGUUUUCUUUCCCUUUGGAGGGGGAGGAAGGGGAAGGGCACCUCCCAGGCCAUGGUUAAGGUGUCGGGGAGCCAGUCCCUGAGAUUCUCAGCCCAUUUGGACAGAGGGUCCAAUGCUGGGAGGUCAAGGUGCUUGCUUUGCACACAGCUGACACGGGUUCGAGCCCUGCCCGGAGUGAUCCUUGAGAACAGAUCAGGGAGUCGACACUGAGCACUGCAGUGUGCGACCCCCACCCUGCCCCAGAGCGUGAUGUCUUGCCAUUACAGAGCUACAUUUGUAAGGUUUUUUGGGGGGUCCCCAAUCUUGGGGCUCAAAUUCAGGGCACCUGCGUGCAAGGCAUAUACUCCAUUCCUUUGAAUCAUCACUCUGCCCUCAUCUCAAGUAUUGUUUUUUAAUUUGGAGGGUCACACCUCAAAUAGCGUGCUCUGGGGCUACUCCUGGCUCAGUGCUCAGGAAUCACUUUCAGAAACUCCUCCUGGAGCUCUGUGUAAUGCCAGGGAUGGAACUCCCGGGCACCCUGCCUGCAGUGCAUGUACCCAGAUCCUUCAGUUCUCUCUCUCUAGUCUCCUCUCGCCACCAACACACCUCGUGCUCUUUUGGGAAAUCACACCCCACACUGCAGCCCGUUUCCUGCUUCUUCCCUUCUCCCGGUCGCCCAUGCACACACACCACACACCGACCCUCCCUCCCAGCCAGUCCCCUGCCCUGGCAUAGCCAACCCAGCUGGGCUCCAUUGCCUCCAGCGCCUCCCCCAGGCGCUCUGCAGAACAUCCCAGAAGGAGGGGCUUCCCCAGGAUUCACUUAGUGUGGCCAGAGGUGGCAGGUCCCAGCUCCGAUGGCCGCGUACAGGACCAACCGCUGUCUCUGUUCAGGCAGCACAGAAUAAAGCCAGGCUUUGCGCCAGCUCCGUCACGGGGUUUCUGCGGCCACAGUGGGGGCAGGUCCCUGAAGCACGUGUCCAGGAGCUUUGUCCUGCACCCCGUGGUCAGUCAGUCUGGGGAAGGAUUGGGGUGGGGAACCCCAGGUUGAUGCACCAUGCACCCCACCCCCACCCCUCACACUAGUAGCUCGAAGACUUUGAGGAGCCCCCGCAAAAAAAAAAAAAAUCUUAGGAAGGCCCUUCAGUUCCAGAAACAUGGGUGCAUUUCCUCCGAGCUGCUUCUGCUUCUCAGGUGCCAGUCCCGUAUCUUACCAGGCCCCAGAACAGCCCCCAUCCGGUCCCAGUCCCCAAAUAGUCUGCGGUUCUCUGCCGCCCCCUAGUGGUCACUGUGUACCACAGCGCCCUCCCUUACUUCAGACAUUGCAAACACUCCAGACACCUGA